AUGCAAGUAGAGUUAAAUUCAUUAAAAAUAAGCAAUACAUGGAUUCUCACACAGCUACCAGCAAAUAAGAAGCCAAUAGGUUGCAAAUGGGUCUACAAGAUCAAAUAUAAUUUCAAUGGUACAGUUGAAAGGUACAAAGCCAGACUAGUGGCAAAAGGGUAUACACAACAGGAAGGAUUGGACUUUAUUGACACAUUUAGUCCAGUUGCAAAAAUGACAACUGUUAGAACCCUCAUUGCUCUUGCUGCUGUUCAAAAUUGGCACUUGCAUCAGCUUGAUAUCAACAAUGCAUUCUUGCAUGGGCAUCUUCAUGAAUAA